GUCAGAGUUUCAAAAGCAGUGCUCCUUGGCUUUUUGCGCACUCGGCGAUAAAGUAUAAGCGCUGGGGCGCUGCCGUAUAUGUUGUAGACGUUGCCACCGCCAUGGUGGAUUCUAAGGUCGGAUGAUGCCAGGUCGGAUUACCGGAGGAUGACUGCUCGUUUCGAUUCGGCAUGGAGGCUAAUCCUGCGUCUCCUAUUGGUGGUCGUCUGCGUUCAAUUAUGCUCGUGUCAAAAGGUUGCCCAUACCUCAAACCUCGAAGGUAACCACAUUACCUUCCCUGCGCCUGGAGUCAGUGUCUUGGAAAAAACGCCAGAAGGCGCAGAACAGGAAAUACCAGCGAACGACCUUGCCGUCGAGUCCGAUGAUGUCGAAGAACCAGAACCAGCAAAAAGUACUGAAAGCGAUAUUGUCAUGCCGGUAAUCGUAAGCGGUGGUGACAAUGAAGGGAUCAAAAACAAUGUCGCAGAAGUGCCAGACGAGCCCUCCCAAGACAAUUCUAAUGGUAACCAAUCUACAAAUCCGAAACCUGACUCACCAACGGACUUCAAUGACCAGGACCCAUCGCAGAACAUCGGAAAAGACUCAAUACCUUCGGGCACCAAAGACGCCUUGGCGAACAUAAACAUCACACAGUUUAUAAGGGAAAAUUGUGGUAAAGCCCAUUCAAGAAAGCGUCGGAUAGUUGGCGGCACCAUAAGCUCAGUGACCUACUACCCAUGGACUGUGGGAAUCUUUAUGGACGGCUCUUCCCAGCCAUACUGUGGGGCCGUUCUCCUAACACCGUGGUUCGUCCUGACUGCAGCUCACUGCACCCGAGGAAGAAUGGCGGUGAAUCUAAGAGUCGCCUACGGGCUGCAGACCAUAAACGAGCGCACCUUGGCGGAACGGCAUGAGCACGUGGCGGUAGUCAAGGCGAUACAUCAGCACAAGAAAUUCGUGGACAUCGUGCACGGCGACGACAUCUCCAUGUUGCAACUGGAGACACCUCUGCUCGCGGACGGACAGCCAGUGCCACCCAUCUGCACGCCGCAGGCGUCUCAACUGGACCGCAGCACUGUGGUGAACACAACGGGUGUGGUUGCAGGCUGGGGCAGGACGAAGUACAAUGGCGAAAGUAGCUCGGACCUUCGAGAGGUUUCCCUGCCCAUCGUGUCCAACCAGGUAUGUUCAAAGGUGUUCGAGGGCGUCGUCGAAAUCACGGACGGGAUGAUCUGCGCUGGAGACAUCACAGGAAAGAAGGACGCCUGUCAGGGAGACUCUGGCGGCCCCCUCAUGUGGUACUCGAGCGUCUUUGAACGCUGGUUCGUGAUCGGUGUCGUCUCCUUCGGCGUCAAGUGCGCCGAGAAGGGUUACUACGGCACGUACACCUGGGUCGAGAAGUACCUGAGCUGGAUAUGCGAGAUCACCGAUGGGCUGGUCUGCCUCCAAACCACGGGGGACCAGAAGAAACAGCCAACAACAUCCAAAAUCAAAGCAAAACCAGUCAAAUCCAAGGGGUCUAAAAGGAGGCCCCUUCACAAUAAGUUGAGUCCUAGUAGACUGAGAAAGAGUAGGCGACGUAAAUGGAAUCUGCAGAAGCAGGAAUAAAAAAAAAAUUGAGUCAGUGAAUUCUGUUGUAAACGUUAGAUCAGAAGGGAACACUUCUGGAGAAAUCGAGUGGGCUUUCAGAGCACAAACGCGAACUUGCACCGGCUAAGCGGAAUGCGCGCGAAAAACAAAAUCUUUCUUGGAGAGCUCAGGGUGAACAACACAAAUACGCCAUUACACUGUUCCCCAAAUAAAGAGUGAAGUAUAUUCGCUUAAACAAAAUAUAGACAGAA